GAUUAUACGUCCUGUAUUUUUGUUUUGAUGUGCUAAGUUUGUUCGAAACGAAACUUACGUGAUUCAUCCGUCAAUGAAAGAGUUACCUCUUGUCAAAGAGGUUUCUGAAGAAUAUAGAAUGUCUCAAUUUAGAAACAUUAAUCAUAAUCAAUGAUUAAUUAUUCUAAUUCGGCUGCUUUCGUAUGCAAUUCUUGAGCUUAACCCAAUUUUUUUUAUUUAUAUUUUCUUUUGAAUGUAACAUACGAUGGAUAUCCAAAAUUUCCUGUUAUUUUCGAUUGCGUCUUUAGUUACAUUCAUUUUGGUUUUACAUUUUGGAGUGAAAGCUUUAUCAUGGUUUCUACAUAGAAAAUAUGGUGUUAAAUUAAAAGUUGGUGGCUAUGGAAUCAUGUGUUUUCGAAAUAUCCAUUUGCAGCUAAAGAAUGGAUUGAAAUUGGAAAUAGAAUAUGUUGGUGUCAGUAGCUAUUUAUUCAAUUCAAAUUUAAAGAGUAUUCUUGUUAUUUGUUUGAAUGACAUUCGUUUACAAGGUGACACAGAAUGGAUUAUCUCUCGUAAAGCAUCAAAUCAACAAAGUGACAGCAAAAAAUCAUCUUCCUUACCUGAGAAAUUUUUUUCCUUUUUUAAAUUCAUUUCAUUGCAUGUGUCAAAUGCUAGUGUCAUGCAGUUAGGAAAAUCUGAUGAAGAAUUUCUCCUGCAUCUUUCAUUUCAAGAAUUUAAUUUAUACUGUUGUCGUUUAUCAGAAAAAAUGCAAUUAAAUAUGGCAAUAUUAUCUUCCUCUCUUAAGGUUUUUAAACAUCAACCUUUAGAUCAAGAAACACACCAUUCUACUGAAUCAUGUAUUUGCCAUUUUGCAUCAAAUCUUCAUUUUUCAAUCUUAACUUCAGUGGAGAGAAAUGUCAAAAUUCAGUCUGUUUCUGUUAAAAUAUCUGAACCUGAAUUGAUGUUAUAUGAAGGAUUUUCCAUUUUGAAGUUCAAAAAUUAUGCGCUAAAUGGUUUACAAACAAAGAAACAGACUGAAGACCAAAUAAGAAAUGAUUUAAAUCAGCAAGAGCUUUUGAUCCCUGAGGAAACUGCUCACAAAAGUUUAUUAGAUAUCAGGAAAAAACUUGAGAAAAUUCCGAAAGUAUCCGAUAUCUCCAUUGAUUCAUUUUCAGUUAAAGUCAUGAUGAAAGGAGGCCAUAGGAUUUUUAACUUUGGUGUCAACUUUAUAUCAUUACAUCUUGAGAUCGAUGAAAGUAUUGAAAAUAAAAUUCUUCCUUCCAUUUCAUCAACUGUUGAAAUAAAAGAUAUUACGGCAGCUAGUGAUCAUGUUCAGUUUGGGAAAUUAGUUAAGUCAGGACUCGAGUUGAAAGUGGCUGAUAAUCUUGUAGAUUUAAAAUUCAAUUUGUCUGUCCUACAUGUAUUAUAUCAAAAAGAAGUAAUGCAGUGUUUUAUGAAUGCUCUGUUACUUAGCAAUAAAAAAAUGAAAUUAAAUCAGCAGCCUAAAAUCAAAAGAGCAGGAUCAUUAAGUGAAUUACUUAAUGGACAUAAAAUCAAAACUGCAGUAGAUGUCGAUGACAUUUGUAUUUCUUUUGAAAUGAUAGAAUGUGAAACAUUUUGUUUUGGAUUACUCAAAGGGCAAAGCUCUAUGGAGCAUUUUGUAAGUUCAAAAAAUACACAAAUUACUUCUUCUCCAAAUUCAUCUUUAAAUACUGGAUCAAGCUUAGAAUUGCUUUUAGAAACAGCUUUUAUCAAGAUAGGCGAAACAAACUUUAACGAUUAUGGAAUGUUAAAGAGAUAUCAUUAUAGUUACAUUCCCUUAUCACUUGGAAUGGUAUUAUUAAAGGUUCGGCACAAUCAGUCAGUCUGUUGUAUAGAAUGCAUGUUGGAUGGUUGUCAUUUCCAAUGGUGCCCUGACUCUAGUCAGUUAUUAUUAUAUAUCUUAAGUUAUAUCAAAAAAGAUUUCUCAUCUAAAGACUCAUCUGCUGCUGAAAAACACAUUAAACAAAAACCUGAAUCAAUUAAUGAAGGAAAGCCUAGACUCAUGUAUUCACUUGAAGUUAAUUUCAGGAACCUUAAUGUCUUUUGCUUGAAUGCAUUUAAAACAGGUGUUUUAAUGAGAGCUGAUUUAUUAAAAAUAACUUCUUCAGAAGAAAAAGCAAAAAUAUUAUUGGAAGGCUUCAAGUUAUCUUACUUAAAUACACUUUUAAAAGUUUAUUAUUGUGUUCGUUCUUCAGAAGUCAGAAAUUUUGAAGUAUUUAUUGAAGAUGCAUCUGUUAUUUAUUUUAUUAAAGCUAAAGAUACCACCAUACGAAUUUCUGAAAAUAUGUUUAUAAACUGGAAUACUACACUACAUAUGACAAUUUUCACAUUUGUUCAAGAAUGUCUUAGUUUUAAGAAAACCCUUACCAAUUCUUUUUCAUCCACCAAAGAUAGUGUAGAAACACAGCUGACAGGAAUAGAUGAUUCAAGUAUUACAUCUGAAAGGAAAACAACCAAAGCAGUUUCAAUUUCAUUACAAGCCAGUGGUCAUCUUAAUUUUGGCAUUGUACUCUCAAAAAAUCAUAAGAUGGUUUUUUCUGCUAGUGACAUUGCUUUUAAUUCAAAGCAACAGUUCAUAUCAGCUAAUUCAGAACAACUAGUUGUUUCCUUCGAUAAUCACGAUAUUUUCACUUUUGAGAAAAUUCUAGUUUCUUUGAUGCCAGGCAAUGAACAACAUUUACUCUGCAGGCAGGGAUUUGAUGAACUUGAAUUGGCCAAUAAUCGACUGUUGAGCAUACAUUUUGAUGCUGUAAAAUUUGUGUUCCCUUAUCAAUACAAUUUUGCUGAAGCCUUUAGUGAAGAAUUUAUUAAUUUAAUCAAAUGGUUGAAAAUUCUACAUAAGAAAAAGAAAGUACCUUUCACACUUGAAAGCAAAUUGCCUCCAGAUUUACAUAUUGUAUGUAAGGUUUGGACCAUUGAAUUAGAAGACGAUCCUUUUGAAGUGAAACUAAGAGAUAAUUGUGAACUUUUGGAAGAUGAAUAUCAUGAAAGCCUUAAAAGAAAAAGAAUGUUAGAUGAAAAAAUCGAGAGUUUUCGACGAACAAAUUUACUUUUGCCAAGUGAAAAGAUUAAUCUACUUUAUUCAAAACUUGCUAAGAAAAAUGCAGAGAUUUAUAUACAAAGAUCUCAACAGCUAUAUCAGAAAGGUUCGAUGCGAACAUCUCUAUGCACCUGGACUCUUGAAGAUGUGGAUAUUUUAGCAAUUGCUGAUACUUCUUACCAUGGUACAGAACGAGUUGUGAACAGAAUAAAACUUUUAGAUCCUGAAAGUCCAUAUCCAGAGGAAGGAAUGGAAUUUACUACAUUAUGGGCCAGAAAAGUAAGAUGUUCUGUUACAUCAUGGGUGUGGCAAAUGAGAGAUUUUCCACAAGUACCCCUGAAUAUUCGGGAGUUAAAUUUGUGGGGAUUUCUCAUAGGUGCUGAACAAGAAGCAGCACCAAGAGCUAAAAGAACUUCAGUUGUACAGAUAGAUCAACCCUGGUCAGAUUUUACUGUGGAACGAAGCAUGCCAUCUCUAAAAUUUUAUCAUGAUUUGACCUAUGAUAUGGAAGAAAUGUCAAUGGCUUAUGGUCCAAGUUGGGAACCUAUCAUGUCACAAAUAAGCUUAGCAAUGGAAAUGAUCAGUAGACCUUCAUUAGAUCCUAGUCCUGCCUUACCUUGGUGGGAUAAAAUGCGUCUCUUGUAUCAUGGACGAUUGACUAUUAUUGCUCAACAUUUAAAUCUAUACUUACGUGCAUCUCUUGAUCCUUAUAAUACUACUGAACAUAUGGAAAUUUCAUGGUCUGAAGUGUUUAUUGAAUGGACAAAUGGAAAAGUUCUUACCAAAGGAGAUCUUGACAUGUAUGUUCACACAGCUUCUAAGUAUGAUGAUAUAAGAGUGUUGCACAUUCCACAUCUAAAGCUCAGUGUAAAUUUUAAUUGGUUAUGCUUGGGAAAUCCAUAUGACCAUCAUAAUGUUAUGCCAUGUGCUCCAGAUAAAGUGCCUGAAUAUUCCAUUAACCAGGAGCAUGAUUCAUAUCGAGCUUUUCGGUCUCAAAAUUUAAAUAUUUCUUAUUCAUAUGAAACAAGAAACUCUAAUUCCUCAGAUGAUGUGCCAACAAUGCUUCUGUAUAGUAGUACAUUAAGAUGGAUUGAAAACUUAAAAAUGAUUCUCUCAGGAGUUACUCGUUUGACAAAAAGAGGUGUCAUUUUUAACAAUACUAAGCCUCGUAAACCACAACUUAGUAGGCACUACAAUAGACUUUGUAUUUCUUUAAAUUUGCAUAAAUUUAAAAUAAUUUAUUGGAUGUCAUUUGCUAAGCAAAGAGGAUUAGAACUUAUUGGUGGACGGUUAUUUCUUAGUACUGAGCAUACUCUUACUCUUACAAAUGUGAAUGAUGGUCUCAAACAUAGACCACGUGCCAACUGGAAUAUUGGUUACUUAAAUUCUGAAUUAUCUGACAGUGAAAUAUGGUUGUAUAAUUGUAUGGAUGAAGAAAAUGAAAGUCCUGCAAAAUCUUUUAGCCAGUCAGUUGAGCGAAGUUAUUUCUUAAGUGUAAAUAGAGUUUCCUAUGGAAGAGAAGAAAUUUCAAAAGAUGUGAUUUCAGAUGAGGAAGAUACACCGACCCAUCGCUUAGUGGUUCAUGGUUUAAGAGGAGCAUGGACAAGACAUAAUAGAUUAGUUAUUUUCAGUUUAUUUGACAGUUACCAGAAAACUAUUCUUUUAAAGAAAAAUCUAUCUACUGAAGCUCUUCGUUGUUUUAAAGUUGAAUCUCAAAAUACUCCUCAGAAAGUACGUUCACAAACAAACACAUCAAUAAAUUCUGCUUCAGCUGCUCCCAGUCCUAUUAGUAAUCUCCAGUCAAGUCAUGCUGCUUCCAUGCUUCAGAAGCUAGUUGCUGAAUCUGAAGCUAAUCCUAUGGUUUUUACAGAAGAAAUUGAAGGCACUACUAGAGAACAACAGUUACAUGGCAUAUCAGCUUGUCAAACUGAUGAUGUUCUUCAGAAAAAAUGGCUUAUUGAACUUGUUAAUAGUCAAGUAAUGCUGAGAGGAUGUGAAACAUCUGGAUAUGUUAUUGUCAGUGCAGCUAAAGCAAAAAUACUGCAAAGGUUACACUCACCUGUUUGGAAGGACCGGUCUCUUGUGUCAAAAACCACAUGGGUUGGCUCUUUUGAAUGCAUGCAGUAUUAUGCCACUGUAGAUGCAGGAGUUCCAAGUCCUACAGUGGAUGAUGUAAUGUGGCUUUCUAUUGAUAACAUAGAAGAAAGAGAAUCCAUGGUUAUAAGUGAUCUUCCUGAUUUGGUUGGAAGUGGUCAUAGUGUAGGUGGAGUGGUCAGUAGUACUGUUGGUGCUGUAUCCGAUUCAGAAUCUGCACCAACACAGUUACAAAGAAUUGUUUCUCGUUGUGGAUGCCAGUUCUUUUAUGCAAGUUAUGGUGAAAAUAUGGAUCCUAGUAACUUGGAAGAAGUGCCCCCACUGCCUGAGGAUAAUGAUUUGUGGGAACAAGAAGUAGGAGUUGAUUGCUUUACUUUGACUCAUCAUGAUUUGGAUAUGUGCACCAAUUCUCUUCAAUAUGCCAUGAUUCUUGAUUUAGUCAAUAAUCUAUUAUUAUAUGUUGAACCUAGGAAAAAAGAAGCUACAAAUAAGUUACAAUACAUGCGGUUCCAAUUACAACUUUGUUCUGUAGAAGACCAAAGAGGUCCGAUUUUGCAACUUCAAGAAAAUAUCAGAUCCUUAGUUGCUAAUUUAAGGCGACUGGAAAAAGAAGCUUAUGUGAUUCAUAAAUUAGUCUUAGAAAAUCCUGACAAUGCUGAUUAUUUAGAAGAACUACAGAUGCUUGAUAAUAAGAUAUAUGAACACAAAGAAAAACUCAAUUCUAUGAAUGAAGAGUUAACAAUGAUGAUUAGUUGCUUUAAAGAAACGCAGAUUAUUGCUAGCCGUUCUCGCCAGAGAGCUUCAUCUCAAGAAAAAGGCGUUUCUUCAGCUAGAAGAUCUGAAGUGUGUUUUAAGCAUGCACAAUGGAGACUGACAGAUGCUGAUGGGCAGUUAGGAAUUUCAGAUUUGGUUCUGAGUAAUUUCUUAUAUUCAAAAGUCACCAAAACAGAUGAUUCUGUAGAACAUCUAUUAGAAGUUGGUUACAUUAAGAUGACAAACCUUCUACCGAAUCAAACAUAUAAGAUUGUGCUGCAGCCUACAGAGUUACAGACAAAAAUACCACUUGAUAGACAAUGUUUAUUACGUAUCUUUUGUCGAGAGCGUGCUCCUGUUGGUGGAAUUUCAAUUAAAGAACACCUUGAAGUCAAUGUAGUUCCUAUUACCAUUGGAUUAACUGAAGCAUUUUAUAGAGCAAUGCUGAAAUUCUUUUUCCCUGGAAGAGAGGAUAAAGUUGAUGAAGAAGAUGAGGAACCCAGUGGAACUAUGAAUCGAAAAGCUUUCAAAAAACAGUCAUCAACAUUUUAUGGUGAAAGAGAUGACAUAGAAAAAAUGAAGGAAAGAGCAGAGAAAAAUCAUACAUUUUUUUCAAUAAAAAUUCCUGAAGUUCCUAUUCGUGUAAGUUAUAAAGGGAGAAAAGAAAAAAAUAUUGAAGAUGUUCACGACCUUAGUUUGCUAUUAUCUACAAUCGAAUAUCAUAAUAAAACCUGGACAUGGCUUGAUCUUCUGAUGGCUUUGAAAAAUGAUGCAAAGAAAAUUCUUCUAUCUCAGGCAAUCAAACAGAAGCUUUUGAAGUCUAGAAACAUUCCAGAGAAAGAUAAUCAACCACAAGAAGAGGAAAAGGCAGCAAUACUCUUAGGAACUCAGCAUUUAGCUGGGCAAGAUCAAACAUUGAAAAGAGGUUUCCUAAGUAAGAUGAGAAAAGAUCAUCGUUAAUUUUUAUAUAAUUCGAAACAUGUUUUUCAAGCCCAGAAGGAAUUACAUAAUGAAAUUUCACUUCACUUAUUAAUACUUACAAUUUUUUUGAAGUAUUAUUUUAAAGCUUACAUACAUAUAUUAAUUAGUGAUAGAGUGUAAAUUUAUUAUCUAAUUCAUUUACAUAUAUACGAAUUAUUUGAAAAUUUUGUUAUAUUUUUAAAAAAAUUUGAUUACUUAUACCAUGAAAAAAUUCUAUAAUUUUUGGAAUUUUUUAAUGACUAUGAAAAAAAAAAUCUGUGAUUAUUGUGAGCGAAUUAAAACUGUCUAAAUAAUGAAAAUUUUAUAAUCAAUUGAAUUUUAUAUUUUUUUUACAAAAGAAAAAUUUUGUAUUCAAAAUACUGAUUGUUUAAAUCAACAUUUUUUCAAAACUAGAAUUCUAAAAUCGCUGGUUAAAUCCAAGCAAAUGAACUGUGAUUUUUUCAGGGGAAGGCUAUGUUAUGUAUGUUAUUUAUUUUUGCCAUUAUUUUGAAUUUUAAGUAUAAAGCUUUUAUAUGUUGCAAUAAUUAUUAUAAAUAGUUAAUCUAUUUGUUAUGAGAUUAUGAUGUAUUUAAAUUGUGAUAGAAAAGGUUGUAUAAAUGUAUAAUAUUUAUAUUCUACUACUUUUCUCUUUCACUGCUAAUUAUUUUUGAUG